AUGACCUUGUCGCGAUCACCCUCUCCCCACCAGGGCGGGGGGUGGUCUAGCCCGGGGCUCAUUCCGGGAAGCGGCACUGCAUCACCGCGCGGUCUGUCACCCGGAACAUUAUCACCAGGUACACAAACACCCAGUGAUAUUUCGUGGGCUGCAGCCAGGGCCAAGAGCGAGGAGGUGCGCCGGUAUCCAUCAUUUUCAACACGCAACAGAGGCUUCUUCUCGCGGCAGCUUCAUAAGAUCUCGACUGGGUUUACUAGCUCUCGGGAGCUUCCGUCAUGCCAAUACAUCGAUAAGGAUGACUAUGGCCGGCAACGGAGACCUUCACGUAGUGGAGUGCGUGGUCUGCUGGGAAAACUAGGACUAGCAAUCUGCCGGGGUCGGUUCCGACUGCUGCUGGCUCUGUUCCUGGUGUGGAUUGGGUAUCUGUUUUGCUGGGCGACCAUUGUUCAAACAUAUCGACGAUCACCCCUCGGCGACGGCCACAAGUUCGUCAUCAUCCUCGGAUCGAACGUGGAGGGCGGCGUCAUGGAGUUGAAAGGCGCACGCGAAUGGGCGAUCGAACGAAACAGCAUAUGGAACAAGGAGAGAUACGCCGAAAAAUGGGGCUAUGAUCUUGAACUGGCCAAUUUGCUGGCCAAGAAGAGAUAUUCACAUGAAUGGCGCGAGAGUUGGGAGAAAGCUGAUGUGAUCCGCGAAGCCAUGCGCAAGUAUCCAAAUGCCGAGUGGUUCUGGUGGCUGGAUCUCAACACCUGGGUCAUGGAGUACGACACAUCAUUGCAGCAGCAUCUAUUCAAUGAUCUCGACUCGCACGUAUAUCGCGACAUCGGUGCCUAUAACCCUCUCAACAUCACCCAUCCGCGAGACGAGUUCUGGCUUGAUGAUUUGGGUCGCUCCCUUGAAGGCGAUGAAAACCCCGAAUCUUUGAAUAUGCUCUUGACACAAGAUUGCGCCGGCUUCAAUCUCGGAUCUUUCUUCGUGCGACGCUCCCUCUGGACCGACCGCCUGCUCGAUGCCUGGUGGGAUCCCGUCAUGUACGAACAGAUGCACAUGCAAUGGGAGCACAAGGAACAAGAUGCCCUGGAGUACAUUUAUCAAAGCCAGCCCUGGCGUCGGCUUCCUACCACAGCGCAGCAUCAAUGCAUUCCCCCCGGCGCAUGUGGCGAUGGAGACAACCCAGAUAUUCACUACCAGCAGGAUGCACACGACCUCGUUGUUAACAUGGCUGGGUGCAUGUAUGGGCGAGAUUGUUGGUCUGAGAUCUACCAAUACCGCGAGCUGAGCAAAUUGCUCGCCCGAACGACGUGGGAUCGAUUCAAAGACACGCUAAGUAAUACAGUCGAUCGAGUUAUGGGGAAGGCUCAGGAUGAUUGA